AUGGCUGGGUCACAGUUGAAGCAGUUAAAAGCUGCUCUUAAGGAGAAUGGACUUACUGGUCAAACAAAUGUCAAAAGAAAAGGGAAAGGUUCUAAAAGGGCCCCAUCAGAAACUCGUCGUGAUGAUAGAGAAGAAAAAAUUCAAAGAAUAAGAGAACAGUUUAAUCCAUUUGAAAUCAAGACAAACAAAACCAAGUAUGAAACAAAUGGUAAAUUCGUCAAGGGAGCUCAAGGUAAACCUGGUAUCUCUAAGCAAAUCGGUGAAGACCAAAGAAAAGCUGCUUGGGAAGCUAAAAAAGCUGCAAAGAAUAAAAGUGGUCUACUAAAAGAUCGUCGUUUUGGUGAAAAUGAUGCUUCCUUGAAUCCUGAAGAAAAGAUGCUUCAACGUUUCACUCAUGAAAGAUUAAAGCAAUCCAACAGAGCUAAUUUAUACAAUUUAGAUGAUGAUUCUGAUGAAGAAGGCGGUUUAACCCAUAUGGGAAAAUCAUUAGCUCUACAAGAUGAUUUUGAUGCUGAAGAUUUAGAAAACUCUGACGAUGAUGAUUUUAUGAAGCCUAAAAAAAGAUCAUUUGAUGAUGAAGGUUUAGCUGAAGAAGAUGAAGAUGAAUCUGCGGUACCAAAAAAGAAAACUAAAACAGAAGUUAUGAAAGAAGUUAUGGCAAAAUCUAAAUAUUACAAAGCACAACGUCAAAUGGCUCAAGAACAAAGAGAAAAUCAAGUUGAGGAAUUGGAUGACGAAUAUGCUGAUGUCUUACAUGAAUUGGGGACCAUUCCAAAAUCAAAACCAGCUGCUGUUCAAGCUUCAAAGACCCCAAAUGGUAUCAAUUAUGAACAAAGUGUAAGAGAAUUGAACAUGGAUAGACGUGCUGCUCCAGCUGAUAGAACCAAAACUGAAGAAGAAUUGAAGAAAGAAUGGGAAGAUAAACAAAAAGAAUUAGAACAAGCUAGAUUGAGACGUAUGCAAGGUGAUGACUAUGGUGCUGAAAAGGGACCAGAUGAAUUAGAUGACGAUUUUUGGGGUGAAGAGAGCGAAGAUCAAGCUGAAGGUGUUGAAACUGAUGGAAGUGACGCUGAGGUUGAAGAAGAAUCUGAAUCUGAAUCUGAAUCAACUGGAAGAGCAUUUACCGGUUCCAAAAACAAAGUUUCUUGUCCACAAACUUUAGAAGAUCUUCAUUCACAGUUAGAAUCAGUUGCCUUGAAAGGGACUCCAGCUCAUAUCAAGAAAAUCAUUGACACUUAUUCACCAAGACUACAAGCUGGUAAUAAAGAAAAACUAGCUGUUUUCACUAAUGUUCUUUUCCAACAUAUACUAUUUUUAUCAGAAUCAGAUGACGUUGACUCUGAUGAUUUCCCAGAAAUACAAGAAUCUUUAAUUUCCACUUUGAAAAAACUCUCUGAAAGAUUCCCUAAUGAGUUAACGGAGUUCUUGCGUGAACAAAUCAAAGAAAUGCAAGAGAGAAUCAAUGAAACAAUCGCUGGUGGUGAUGAAUAUCCAAUGGUUUCUGACCUAGUCUUCUUUGGUUUAGUUGGUAUGCUUUUCUCCACAUCUGAUCAUUAUCAUUUGCUAGUGACACCUUCAUUGAUUUUGAUGGGUGAAAGUUUAGAACAAUUGAAAUACAAUUCAUUAAACUUGUUGAUUGCGGGAACUUUUAUAUCAGAUACUAUUUUGAAAUAUCAAAGAAUUGCUAAAAGAUAUAUACCCGAAGUCACAUUUUUCUUACAGAAAGCCUUACUUUCAUUAUCACCAAAAGAAAUCAAACAUAGCUCCAUUACUACUAAGCCUGAUGUUAGACUUCCAUUGAAAAAAGGCAUCACAACUGAGGAACAAACUUUAAGAAUCUCAGACGUUGAUCGUGAACUUCAAGAAUCACAUGAGGAAGCACUUUUGAAAAAAAUAAUAUCAGUUAUAGAUUACGCUUUAGACACAUGGAAGGAGAAAACUGCCUUCAUUGAAAUUGCACAGCCAUUCAGUGUUAUACUUGCAAAAUAUCAAAAAUUUUAUCCAGAAUUUCAAAAAAUCACACAAUUGGUUGACAAAUUCAACAGAUUAUUGAAAUUUGCUAAUGAUGAACGUAAACCAUUGGAAUUACAAACUCACAAGAAGCUUGCUAUUGCAACAUAUGCUCCUAAAUUUGAAGAAAACUUCAAUCCAGAGAAGAGAUCAUAUGAUCAUGACAGAUCAAGACAAGAGACCAAUAAACUGCGUCACUUGCUCAAACAGGAACAAAAAAUUGCACUUCGUGAGAUUCGUAAAGAUAGUAGAUUUGAAGCUAGACAACAAAUCAAAGAAAAGAAGGAUUCCCAAGAUGCAUAUCAUUCCAAGAUGGCCAGAAUUCUCAAUUCUAUCAGUACUGUUGAAGGUGCUGAAAAAAAUGCUUAUGAUCGUGAAAAGAAAGCUCGUAAGAACAAGAAAUAA